AUGCAGGUCCACAGGGACGCGCACGCGGGGCUCCUGCUGCCAUGGGGCUGGGUGGCUCUCUGCCUGAUGAGUCUGCUGCAUCUGAACAACUUGACCUCUGCUGCCACAGAGACUACUGCCCCGGGAAUAUCUCCAUCAAUUCCUACAAAUGAGUCCACUGAGAAAACGACCAUACCUAACAUCCCUGGAAGUACCAGCUCCCACUUCCUCCCUCAGGAUAGCAAUGAGACCACACCAGCCAUCUCAGAGACAACAGUCAACUUUACCUCUACCUCUGGGAUUCCUUCAGGCUCUGGAACCACACAAACUUUUGUGCAAUCCCAAACGUCCCCAACCAUCACAGUGCCCACCACUUCAGAUAGUGCUUCCACCUCAGAGAUUACCUGGAAGCCCAGCUUGCCAUCUGUAAAUGUUUCUGAUUACUCAACUAAUAAUAUCAGUUCUGAGAUGACACCAACUACUGAACCAUAUGCAUACACAUCAUCUUCUACUGCCCCAGUUACCAUCAAGGGAGAAAUCAAAUGUUCAGGAAUUCGAGAAGUGAGGUUAGCCCAGGGCAUCUGCCUGGAACUAAGUGAAGCAUCUAGCUGUGAUGAAUUUAAGAAGGAAAAAGGAGAUGGUCUAACCCAGAUACUGUGUGGGAAGGAGGGGACUGAGGUUGAGGCUGGUGCUAGUGUCUGCUCCUUGCUUCUAGCCCAGUCUGAGGUUAGGCCCGAGUGUUUGCUGAUGGUCUUGGCCAAUAGCACAGAACUUUCCAGCAAACUCCAGCUUAUGGAAAAGCACCAGUCUGACUUGAGAAAGCUGGGAAUCCAAGGCUUCAAUAAACAAGAUAUUGGGAGCCACCAGAGCUAUUCCCGAAAGACUCUGAUUGCAUUGGUCACCUCGGGAGUCCUGCUGGCCAUCUUGGGCACCACUGGCUAUUUCCUGAUGAAUCGUCGCAGUUGGAGCCCCACAGGAGAAAGGCUGGGUGAAGACCCUUAUUACACGGAGAAUGGUGGAGGCCAGGGCUAUAGCUCAGGACCUGGGGCCUCCCCUGAGACUCAGGGAAAGGCCAGUGUGAUCCGAGGGGCUCAGGAGAACGGGACCGGCCAGGCCACAUCCAGAAACGGCCAUUCAGCAAGACAACAUGUGGUGGCUGACACAGAACUGUGA